UUCCGGCUUUACGUUUGGUAUUCACUGUACGUAACUAGUUACGCUGACUAAUCUCAAGAGUCAGUUAAUUAUUGACAAAAUAGGAUCAACAUCAAGCCAUAAGCAUACGAACGUUAACCUUUGAGGGACAAGUGAAGCCAUGGCUGAAGCCGAGGAUAUUUUUCUUAGAGCUAAACAGCGGACCUUCACUGGACUGACCGAAGAUGAACAGAAGGAAUGGAGAGGCCCGUUCUGCUUCAUCCAGGCUGCAGACCCCCAGCUGGGUCUGAUGAAGACCUGGAGGGAGGGGGACUGUGACGGGGGAGGUGACGAAUGGACCGAUGAGGUCCAGCUGACCCAGCAGGCUGUGGAGGCCAUCAACAAGCUGAGCCCCAGGCCCAAGUUCAUGGUGCUGUGUGGGGACCUGGUCCAUGCCAUGCCAAGCACCCAGUACCGGGAGGGGCAGGAGCGGGACUUGAAGGUGGCUCUGAGGGGCACAGACCCCUCCAUCCCUCUGGUGUUUGUCAGUGGUAACCAUGACCUGGGUAACACACCCACCCCAGAGACUGUAGCCCAGUUCUGCAACGCCUGGGGGGACGACUACUUCAGCUUCUGGGUUGGAGGGGUGCUGUGUCUGGUGCUGAACUCCCAGCUGUUCUUUGAUGCGUCGGCCUGCCCCGACCUGAGAGACGCCCAGGAAGCCUGGUUAGAGGGCCAGCUGCAGAGGGCCUCUCAGGGGCCCGGGGUCACCCCCAAACACGUCCUGGUGUUCCAGCACAUCCCUCUGUACUUAAAGACCCCCGACGAGGAGGACGACUACUUUAACCUGCAGACCGCCACGAGGCAGAGCCUCCUAGGCAGGUUCAAACGGGCAGGAUCUGCGUUUUUUUUUACCAACAUGUCAAGCUCAUAUGAAAGGAAGAUCAAGUUCAACUCAUCCACACUAAUAUUUCCCCAGCUGUUAUGCUCGUACAGCUAUAGACUAGGGCAUGGGAGUGUUAAGUAUCGCACUCAUACCCUUGUAGUAAAGUAAUAUAACACACAUAGCUUGCAUCACUAAGAGAACAUUGGCUAUGUUGUCUAAUGUACUGUAAUAUAAUGGGCGGUGUCAGAGGAAAGCCCAUAAAAUUGUGGGCUCCCCCCCAUUUGUUUUGUAAGCUUGUUGUAUUUGGCGCAUGUGACAGUUUGAUUUGGUAAUGUACAAGGUUACCACAUUGUCUACUGUGAUACGAGGCUACCAUUUGUGUACUCUACUGUAAUGUACGAGGCUGCCAUUUGUCUACUCUACUGUAAUGUACAAGGUUACCAUAUUGUCUACUGUAAUGUAUGAUGCUACAAUUUUCUCUACUGUAAUGUACGAGGCUACUAUAUUGUGUACUGUAAUGUACGUGGCUACCAUAUUGUCUACUGUAAUGUACAAGGCUACCAUAUUGUAAGCGCCCGUGCACAGGUCUGUUCAACGCUGAUCCGACUGAUCGGAUUCCACGCUUCAAGAUUGCUUCGAUAACGUGGACUAGGAUAUGUUCCGCAUAGCGUCGGACAAUAACAUUGAUGAAUACGCUGAUUCGGUGAGCGAGUUUAUUAGCAAGUGAAUCAGUGAUGUUGUACCCACAGCGUCUUAAAGCGUUCCCCAACCAGAAACCGUGGAUUGAUGGCAGCAUUCGCCCAAAACUGAAAGUGUGAACCACUGCUUUUUAUCAGGGCAAGGUGACCAGAAACAUGACUGAAUACAAACAGUGUAGCUAUUCCGUCCGCAAGGCAAUCAAACAAGCUAGGGGUCAGUAUAGAGACAAAGUAGAGUCGCAAUUCAACGGUUCCAACACGAGAGGUGUGUGUGGCAGGGUCUACAGUCAAUCACGGACUACAAAAGGAAAACCAGCCCCGUCGCAGACCACGAUGUCUUGCUCCCAGACAAAGUAAACAACUUCUUUGCUCGCUUUGAAGACAACACAGUGCCAUUGACAUGGCCCGCAACCAAAAUCUGUGGGCUCUCCUUCACGGCUGCAGGCCCAGACGGCAUCCCCAGCCGUGUCCUCAGAGCAUGCGCAGACCAGCUGGCUGGUGUGUUUACGGACAUAUUCAAUCAAUCCUUAUCCCAGUCUGCUGUUCCCACAUACUUCAAGAGGGCCACCAUUGUUCCUGUUCCCAAGAAAGCGAAGGUAACUGAGCUAAAUGACUAUCGCCCAGUAGCACUCACUGCCAUAACCAUGAAGUACUUUGAGAGACUAGUCAAGGACCAUAUCACCUCCACCCUACCUGACACUCUAGACCCACUCCAAUUUGCUUUCCUCCCCAAUAGAUCCACAGACGACGCAAUCACAGUGCACACUGCCCUAACCCAUCUGGACAAGAGGAAUACCUAUGUAAGAAUACUGUUCAUUGACUACAGCUCAGCAUUUCACACCAUACUACCCUCCAAACUCGUCAUUAAGCUUGAGACCCUGGGUCUCGACCCCGCCCUGUGCAACUGGGUUCUGGACGUCCUCACGGGUCCGCCCCCCAGGUGGUGAGGGUAGGUAACAUCUCCACCCCGCUGAUCCUCAACAUUGUUUACAUACCCUACAUUUCUCAUCUCAUAUGUGUAUAUACUGUACUCCACACCAUCUACUGCAUCUUGCCUAUGGCGUUCGGUCAUCGCUCUUUCAUAUAUUUUUACGUACAUAUUCUUUUUCAUUCCUUUACACUUGUGUGUGUAUAAGGUAGUUGUUGUGAAAUUGUUAGAUUACUUGUUAGAUAUUACUGCAUGGUCGGAACUAGAAGCACAAGCAUUUCACUACACUUGCAUUAACAUCUGCUAACCACGUGUGUGUGACAAAUAAAAAUUUGAUUUGAUUUGUCUACUGUAAUAUACAAGGCUACCAUUUUGUCUACUCUACUGUAAUACGAGGCUACCAUAUUGUCUACUGUAAUAUACAGUGCAUUUGGCAAGUAUUCAGACCCCUUGACUUCUCCAUAUUUUGUUACGUUACAGCCUUAUUCUAAAAUUCAUUAAAAAAAAAAGUCCUCAAUCUACACACAAUACCCCAUAAUGACAAAGCGAAAACACAUUGUCUACUGUAAUGUACGAGGUUACCAUUUUGUUUAAUGUAAUGUACGAGGCUACUAUAUUGUCUCCACUACUGUAAUAUACAAGGCUACCAUAGUCUACUGUAAUGUACAAGGCUACCAUUUUUUCUACUCUACUGCAAUAUACGAGUCUACGGUAAUGUAUGAGGCUACUAUAUCGUCUACUCUACUGUGUACGAGGCUACCACAGUCUACUGUAAUGUACGAGGCUACAAUUGUCUACUCUACUGUAAUGCAUAAGGCUACCAUAUUGGUCACACUACUGUAAUGUACGAGGCUACCAUAUUGUCCACUCUACUGUAAUUUACAAGGCUACCAUAUUGUCUACUGUACAUAUUUUCUGCAGAGGGAGCUCAUCUAUUCUGAGACGCUUGUCUGUUUUGUCCGGCAAGCUAUGAUCAGCAUCCUCUCUGUCUCUGUUAGCAGGAGAAGUGCUGCUAUUCCUAUCAUUCCUAAUCACCAGGGUCAGAUACUGGUUACGGUCUCUCAGCUAUUGUUUAGUGUUUUACUUGUUUUGUUCUAUUUGCAUCAUACAGCAGUAGGCAGACUGGCUGCUGCGUAUUUUGGUACGAAGACUCCAAAAUAAAUAUUGUGUUUUAGAGACACUUUGUUCCUG